AUGGCAACGCUUAAUCGAUUAUCUGUUCGAUGUAGUCGUACCUCUCCACGCUGCGACUGGUGCACGACACAUGGCGUUGAUCCCGAGUCGUCUACGCCCUCGUCACCGCCGUCCGUGGCUGCCCCUCCCCUCAUCACCAGCCUCUCUCUACCUCCCGUCGGGCCGUCACCGUCCGCCUCGACCGGUAGCUAUGCCGCUUCCAUCGACGCGGCGCGUGCUACGUCCGGUGCCUUCACGCCGUCAUGGGUACGCACCGCCGCCGCCGCCGCCGCAGGCAGCACCUCUGCACUCGCAAGCGGUGGCAGACAGACUGCCGACACGUCUGGCGAUCCGUCGGCUCGUGCCAUGGACGUUCUGAGGGAGGCCAUGGACUGCGUUCACAGGUUGAGGUUGCAGAGCUACUGUUCUUCAAUCGUGACUGAUGAGAUCAAGGUCCCUCCCUCGCUAGCCAAGUCUUGGGUUCGAAAUUACUUUGCCCAGAAGCCGACAGACAUGUUUCUCAAGCUCAUCGACCGGAAAUUCUUCGAAAUGAUGCCAGACAUGAUGACAUCCCCCCACGUCCACUUUGACUCGUGCGUCCUCGUCAUAUACUACUGCAUCCUGUGGUCCGGCUCUUCGCUCCCGGACGAUACGCAGGAUCCGCAAGACGCCGGACGGUGGACGAAGCUGACCUAUCUCGGCUGUCUUCGCGCUCUGCCGGCUUGGCAGAGGGAGGCUACCGGUUGUAUGAUGGAUCUGAUAGCAGCUAUCAGCUUGACCCGCGUGGCCGGUACGUCGUUCGACUACGAAAUGUCAUGGAAAUCGUUCAAACUGGCAUGCGAGUACGCCCAAGGGCUGGGCAUCCACAACUUAGACGGCGGUGACGGGGACCUCAUGAGCGGCAUACAUAACCCCGACAUAUCGGACGACGACCGCAAGGGCUUCUGGGAUCUGAUCCAGGUCGACGCCUUCUUCCGCCUCAUGUUCGACAAGCCGGCGUCCAUCUCGGGCAACAGCUGGAAGGUCAACCUCCCUUGGCUGAACCCGGGGUCGUCGCCGGCCGUCGGGACCGGCACGGCCAUGAUGUUGUUCCUCGUCAGCUCGCGCGUCACGCUCAUCCUGCUGCAGUUCUUCGCCAUGCUAGAGGAGUACCCGGCCGAGGAGCCUGUCCGGUUGUUCCGUAGGACGGAGGACAUGUGUGGCCAGAUACGGGCGCUAUACGACGAGUGGCAGCCUCUGCAAUUGAUCACCAAUUCCGACAUCACCACAAUGGACAGGUGGAUGGUGGUCGACGUCACGCUGAGAGGAUACACCUGCAUCAUCUUCAUGCUCCGCAAGAUGGCCAUCCCCGACAGCAGCCCGUCCACGGCCACUCCCCUGGCCCUCGACGUGGCGCGUCAGGUGCUCGGCAUCGUGAGCCGCCUCGUGGGACAGUACCCCUUCCCGGCCACGCUGGGGGCCACGUUCGGCCCCUUCCGCGCCUACGUCCCGUUUGCCUACGUCAUCGGCCACCUGCUCAGCUGCCCCGACAUUGGAGCCUACAGGGCCGACGUGGAGGCUCUGGCUAAGGCGACCUGGGGUAUCCGCAGGGUUGCCAGCCGCGAUGGUGGGUUCCUACCGCUAGCCAAGGCCAUGGAGGGGUUGAAUGCCGAUGUGCAGCGACGGUUCAAGAGCCGAGACGGGUGA